AUGGCAAGAGGAGUAAUCACCCUAUUGUGGAUCAAUUUGAUCUGUCUUAUCAGUGGGGCUGUCUGCACCCCGCACGCGCCCAAAGGUAACGCCCGGGCAAAUUUGCAGAUGGCCGGAGAAACGCUCCUCUCGGAGCAACUGUUUGCCAUCAUCGAUCUGUACAAACAGGAGGAUCCGGUUGGACUGCCGGGCGCGACCAUACCGGAUCCGAUGCCCAUUCCGGAGAUAAAGCAAUCGUUCUCCUUCGCGAAGAUACAUCUGCGCAAUGUGCUCGCCCACGGCAUGUCCCGGUUUCGGAUUCGGUUCUUCCGCACCGAGCUGAACAGCAUGUCCAUCACGACGCAGAUAUCGAUCGAUGAGAUCAAUGUCAAUGGCAACUACACGAUGAGCACGUUAUUCAACCGUGCCGAGGGUCCGUUCACGGUGCUGAUGCGAAAUGUGCUCACCAAGGCAAACGUGUCGCUGGCCGUCGAACGGGACGGUACGCUGCGCACCAAGGACAUCGAGCUGGACAUUGCGUUCGACGAUAUGGCGAUGGACUUCCAGAACCUCGGCUUCAUGGGUAGCAUUUUCCAGAGUGUGGUCAACUCGGCAUCCAACCUGGUGUACGACACGAUGAAACCGUUCAUGCUGUCCGAAGCGUACACGAAAAUCCGCGAGGAAGUCGACACCCGGAUGCUGAACAUCACGGUCGAGAACGCGUUCAUCCUGCCCAAUUCGAUCUCACCGCUCGAUAUGGCGAUCGGUGAGAUGCGUGGGAUAGUGCGUGCCAAGGGGUUCGACCCGUUCCUCGUGCCAGAAUACAACAAUACGGCCGGCAUCUUUGGCAUGCAGACGAUGCACACGUGGAUCAGCGGUGGUUCCAGCUUCUACCGGUACGGUGACAUCUCCGUGACAAUGCAGAACAACUCCGCUACGCUUGGGAUGCACGUGGCCACGCAACGCAUCACUGGUUCGACGCAGUGGGAAAUAUCGAUCGGUCGCGGAAUGCUCUCCCAUGCCGGUCGGGCACAGUUUACGGUGGAACACAUACGGGUUGAGUUCCGGGUCGAGCAACCUCUAGAUCUGCGCAAGAAGAUCAAACUGCAAGACAUUCAGCUGGAACUCGGCAACAUCCAGGUGCGCUGUGACGGUGCGGGUACGUUCGAUUACAUUAUCGAGGCCGCUGUAAAUAUACUGCCGAAUCUGCUGCGGUACCAGAUAAUGGAUGCCAUCGAGAAUCCGCUGCGAAUGCGCAUACAGGAGAAGCUGGACUGCAUCGAUACGGAGGCAUUGGUGCGAAAGUACGUGAAGGAGUACGAGCGGAACGGUAUCAAUAUUAACCUUCAGGACUUUGAGCUUUGCGAACCGUAA